UUCAACUUUCUGAUUUCUUCUAUAUUUAUUACUCAGGAUAUCUGCCUCCAUUGAUCCAUCGGCGACGAGGACAGGGUAAUUCAACUUGGAGCCAUGGGGUCCGGCGGUUUCUGAAUCUGUUCAUGGCGAACCGCCCGGGCUGCAUGUAUUCGCUGCGCCGCUUCGAUCUGUCCCGCAACCAGUUUUUCUACUCAACACCGGAAGAAGUAGCUUUACAUGGGCGAGUCCUGCCGCCGAUACAAAGAGAUUCUUCAUCAUCCCUGAGCAAGGCCAGCGGCAGGGUCAAGAAGCAGCAAGCCUCAGAGAUUCGGACGAUUCGGUUGCCGUCACCACUCGUCAACAUGCGGCCGGCGCCAUACCCGAAGCCUAAGUCCGACGAACUCAGACUGGAUGUGUUCGCUCUCUCGGAACGCAACAUCGUGUUCGCAGACCGCCAAAGACACGUCUUCACCUACGACACUGACUCGGAAUGCUUGGUCACCAUGCCCAACCUCCACGCUCCCAAGGUUGAUCCAUUGGCCAUCUCUAUUCCUCGUCCCGGAGGUGGUGAAGGCAGCCUCUACAUGAUCGAGAGGCUGCUAUGUCCUGGCAAGAGCUUCCAGUUCGAGGCCCUUGUGUCCGGCCAGCACUACAAUGAGUCCCAUCCCUGCAGGACCUGGCAAUGUGACGAGCUCCCGCUGCCGCCACUGGAAGAAGAAAUAUUCAUCGACUCCUGUGCAGUGGUGGGCAACGUCAUCUGCAUCUCUGCAUCUGGCUUUGGCAGCUACUGCUUUGACACGCUGAGCCACUCCUGGAGCCGUGUUGGUGACUGGGUGUUGCCCUUCUUUGGCACCGCGUAGUAUGUUCCCGAGCUCAACCACUGGUUUGGUGUCUCUGAUCAGGACUACCACUUGCCUUGUGCGGCCGAUCUCUCACCUGUCCUCACAGGGCAGCGGCCAGAGCCGGGCUUGAUUUGGGCGGAUAAUUACCUGCCGGAGGAGUGGCAUCAUAGCGGCCUGUCGAAUCCCGCCAAAAUGGUCAGCCUGGGUUCUGGCAGGUUUUGCAUCAUCAGGUUUCUUGAGACUUUGUUACCCAGCCUCGAUACUGAGCAGAUAUUUGUGGACAAACAGUAUGCUGUCUUCACUGGUCUGGAGGUGGUGUUAACUGGCAAGGGCAACGGGAACGGCAAGGUCAACGCGAACGGCAACGGGAACAGCAACGGCAAUAGGCUCCGUAUGGUUAGGCACAAGACCAGACGCUGCAGGAAUCGUGAGUCCAACCUCAUCGAGUGUAUGCUCUGAAGUCUCGUAUGCAUCAUCCUUUAAUUUGUAUUGCCUCUUAUGUGAGAAUAUAGUCUCUAGAUAUCUUUGAACAAUCUUCGGAUCUUCGGACUCUUAUUGCCUCUGUCUCAUGUUGUUGAAUUGCAUUUUUUACAUUCCAA